AUGAGCACUUCUCACCAGUCGGCCUUGCCACUGUCCGCCCACGACUCCCCAGUAUCUCAAACGGCAUCUUCACCCGCACAAAGGAAUGCGCGCAACAAUUUCCCCGAUAUGCUAGGCUCACCACCGGUCCCGCCCCCGAGGGUCUCAUCUACGCACCACAGCCGUCGCAGCCCCAAUGGUUCAUCGGGAGAGAAAGGCUCUCGCCAAAGUAAGAGUCGGGCUGAUCGCAAAGAAAAUCGCGAUCGAUCGCGCGAUGACCGCAAUGGCAAAAGCCGGUCCCGUCGCCCGGAUCCUCUUGAAGAAUCAACGCGGGACUCGGGCAGGUCGAGAGCAGCCCCCGUUUCCGCCCAAGAGAUGAAACCCGACACAGAGAACGCACAUGGGGCACCUCUAGUGAAGGAGUCAAGUGCAGUCAUCAACUCGAUACAGGUCAGCGACCCCGUCGUGGAUCGGGAGAGAGAGCAGGUGCGAGAAGUGAGCGCUUCCCCGACAGCUGCGCCUGGAGAUGUCGCUGCAAGCUACCCUAAUGACCCCGUUGAGGAGGGAACUCGAACUGGGCACCGCAGUCGCCACGACUAUAGCAACAACGGUAACACGGUUAAGCGCAAAGAGACGACCUUCGGCCAUUAUAUUCUAGGCCAAACCCUCGGCGAGGGCGAAUUUGGAAAAGUCAAGCUGGGAUGGAAGAGAGAUGGGAGCAUUCAAGUCGCAAUCAAGCUCAUACGCCGAGAUACCCUUGGAACGAAUCCGAGUCGGCUGCCAAAAAUCUACCGAGAAAUUUCGAUUCUGCGCGAGCUCGCCCACCCCAAUAUUGUCCGCCUCCACGAGAUGGUGGAAACUGACCGUCAUAUCGAUAACUCCGCGCGUCGGUUAUUCGCACAACUAGUUUCUGGUGUUGGCUAUCUGCAUAAAAAGGGCAUCGUGCAUAGAGAUCUCAAGUUAGAGAACUUGUUAUUGGAUCGGAAUCGUAAUAUCAUUAUUACUGAUUUCGGCUUUGCAAACACUUUCGAUCCGCAUGAUCCAUUGGAGGAGGAGAUUGAGUACAAUCUCACCAAUAAAGAAUACGUCAAGCGGAAGCGGCUGGACAAGAUCGGUCCCACUGGGGUUCGACGCGGUGACCUAAUGCAAACAAGCUGUGGUAGCCCUUGCUACGCCGCCCCGGAGCUGGUCGUGAGUGACUCGCUAUACACUGGACGCAAGGUGGACGUGUGGAGUUGCGGUGUCAUCCUGUAUGCGAUGUUGGCUGGCUAUCUCCCCUUCGAUGACGACCCAGCGAAUCCCGAUGGAGAUAACAUCAAUCUUCUGUACAAAUACAUUGUCACCACACCUCUUACAUUCCCCGAAUAUGUUACACCACACGCCCGUGACCUCCUUAGGCGCAUACUGGUCCCUGAUCCUCGUAAACGUGCAGAUCUCUUCGAAGUGGCUCGUCACAGCUGGCUGAACGAGUAUUCACACAUCGUCUCUCACAUUACUAGCAGCACCACGAAUGUUGCAGACAUCGCCAACACAACUGUCCCAGCCGAGUCUCAACCGGAAGCGCCCACUCUGGCACGAAGCGCAUCGGUCCGCGAGCCACCGAAGACACACCAAAGUCCCGUACCAGCUGUCGGUGGACUUAAUCACCACGCCGGAGACAUUUCACAAGAAUCGCCAAGCGAGAAAUCGAAGACAUCCCGCGAUGCAAAGCGCAGAACAGUUCAAGUCGAAUAUGUCGCUCCGCAGUCCCAGACUGUACGAGGAGAAUACCCUGCAGAUACCGAGUCACGCCCUCGCGGUUCUGUCCAGAAAGAAGAGCAGGGUCCUCCAGUACCCGAGAAAUCGGUUGAGCCAGUCCCCAUCAAAGGCAAGGAGAAGCCCCCCUGUCAAUUACGACAAGCCUUUGCCAGGACAUUUUCCUCGCUCCACUUCGGACAACGUGGUUCCAUGGCCUCCUUCAAUACUGGUCGUCUGCCUUCACGAGGCUCAUAUGGGCAGCCAGUGGCCCCUACAGUCACCGCAACUAACACCGAGGGCCGUCUAGCACAGCCAAAGAGCCGCCAAUUCGCACUUGGUCAGAACCCUGCACAGGCAUCGACUACCUCCAUCGGCCGCCCUAGUACUCAGCAACUUCCUUCAACUUUCAAUCCCACGCCCCGGCAAGAGCCUCCCAAGGGCCACAAGCGUUCGAGCACCGUUUCUAGCCUUGGCGAAAAGCUUUUCGGGCGCACCGGUUCUAUUAUGAGUGGUCGCAACUCACAAAGCACUGCCGCUCGUUCUCGGCAAAACAAACGCUACCCUCCCACCAGCAUGAAAGAGACUCUUCCCCGAGAGGAUUCUCGUGUUUCCAUGGAUUCUCGACGAUCUAUGCAUCUUUUUCCAUCCGAGGCUUUGGGCGGGCUCAAACCCCCCGAGGAAGCACCACAGACCUCCCGGCCUGUUGACCCCCGCGGCCCCCAGCGCCCAGCUACUGGCCCAGCUACUGGCCCAUCCCCAACCCGACCUCGUGCGACAAGCUAUGGAACCCAGGAUGCUAUGGGCAUCGUCAGUGAGGGACCAUCAGACGAGGUGCAUGAGAAUCCCCCAGACAAUGGCCCCCUGAGCUAUGAGUCACAGAUCGAUCAACAAUUUGCGGAGCUUGGGUCUCGGUUUGACCAAACACAGGAUUCAUUUGGAGCCAUCUCUUCAGAGCAGGUCUACCAAAACGAUGACCAGUACCAUGGAAACAACUACACAUAUUCGUCAAAGCCAAACUAUUACGAUGACUACAAUGCCACCUACGACAGCUUUCCCCGGUCAUCUAUGCAAGCUGGUCGGUCCGGGCGUGGGCCCAACGUUCUGCAAAAGAACAACCGCAAAUUUGCUGACGCUUACGAGUAUGAGCGGGAUUCUUCCCACCACUCCGGCAGUUCAGGUGCGGCCCGCAAGGUGAUGGACUUUUUCCGACGGCGCGCUAAGUCUCGAGCUGGUGGUGACGACAGGUGA